AUGGAAUUUACCGUGCUCGCACGCUUUGACGAUUUCCUCUCGGCGUCUUUACUCGAUGGCCUGUUCUUGUGGUUCAAGACGAUCAAAAUGAAUGAGGAGAGCGCUCGUCCUAGUACACCAGCUCAUGCGGUUCUCAAGAUCAUUCGGAAGCAUAUCGUCGAAGAAGAGAACAUGAAUAAUGCUGUUCAAGAGCUAUUAAAGAUGCGGUUUAUACAAGAGUUCCUUGAAGGUGGAAAGGAGAAGGAAUGGAAUAACUUUAUACAGCACAUGAAACGGUACCUGAGCAUGUAUCUGCCCAAUGCUGGCUACGAGAUUUGUGAUACGCGAAGAUAUAGCUCUGAUAGCGUGCAAGCGCGUAUUGUGGCAACCAAGAAAUGGGUGCCUGGAGACGAGAUCAGGAUGUGUACAGGCGGCAUUGGCUAUUUGAAUCCAGAGCAGGAUGUCAUGUUGCGACAAACAGAACGCGAUUUCAGUGUCAUGUGGUCAACACGUAAAAGCAGCCAUUGCCUUUUUCUGGGUCCCGCACGUUUCAUGAAUCAUGAUUGCAAUUCAAAUACCAAGUUUAUGAUUGUGAAUGAGACGGCGAUCACUUUCAAGGUGACCAAAGUUAUUGAAUGCGGGGAGGAGAUCACCACAUUUUACGGCUCCCAGUAUUUUGGAUCGGAAAAUUGUGAAUGCUUAUGCCAUACGUGUGAAAGCCGACAAGAAGGUGCAUUUGCCGAGCAAACCAGCAAUCAAUCAACAGAGGAUAUGGAAGGUGGUGGAGAAGAGUGUGAUGUACGACGUAGCAGUCGACGACGACGAGGUGUCAAAUCAUAUGAAAAAUUCUUUCGUCAAAACGACACCCCUAGAAAAAGACGAGGGAGACCACCCAAGUCAUUGAAACAAGAUACGACAAACAAAGCGCCACGCCAAGUCAAGGCAUCCGAAGAGGAGGAUCAAGGUGCAAGUAGAAUUGAGGAACGUGAUUCAUCAUUACCUGAGAGCUGGUGCCGGCAAACUCCGCAUGAGCGCAUUAUGCUUGAUCCAUUCUCAUUCUUAUGCGACGUCAGCAGCAAACAACCUUACGCCGAAUCGGCUGACAGCAAUCGUAGCAAACCUAAGAGGAAGUCAACACAACGGGGUAGAAAAAAGAGAGGAGAGCAAAACGAGAAUCAAUGGGCACACAAAGUACCAGCGAAUUGUCAUGUUUGUGAUGAGAGCAUGGGAGAAUUGAAUGAUUGGUUGAUCCACCCAGCAACACAGUAUAACGGUCAAUGGCCUCCUACACGAUGCUCGCGCUGUGAACGACAUUACAUCAUCUUUCAACAUGAAUGGCCUGUGCGAAAGCUUAGGAAGAAAGGACGCAAAGCUGCUGAAGAGGAUCCUCUCCAUCUUCCAUCUCCUGCCAACUCCACCGUAUCAUCGUCAUCCACCUCGUCUCAAGAUCAACCACAUCAUUCAGAGCAUUAUCAACUUCGAAAACGACAUGCGAACAAGCCGCCUUCACCUAUAUCAUCCUCCGAUGAUCAAGCAGCAGAUCAACUCCAUGUUCGAAAACGGCAGGCUGUCAAAUCCUCAUCGGCACCGAUGCCAUUAAAGAGUGAACAACAACAUCCACAACCAUCAACCUCCUCAAUACCCUUGUUAAAUCAACCACUACCACCAAUAUCAUCACUACAACAGCAAGAACAGCCUCUUGAUCAGAAUCAUUUCCUAUCAUCUCCAAGUAUUCAGCCGUGUUGCUAUGAUUAUCCAAAACAAUGCGCAACAGCCCGGUUACCAUUAUCACCAGCGAAUCGUCACCAACAGCAACCAACAUGGAUCAACCCUUAUUCUUCAACACCCCCUUUACAACCAGGUUUCCAUUUCUAUCCUGGGCAAUCAAUACCAUCAACAUCAUCGUCAUCAUUGCCAUCAGAGGAGGAGCAUGGACAACCUACACAUCCUUCACCUAGACUAUACAACACGCCCUACUCAGCUGAUCAGCUUCACUACGCGCUUCACCACCAGUACCAACAACAUCCCUAUCAUCAUUCACGGUGA